CAUUGAAGCUGUUCAGUGUUUUUUUUUUUCUUCUUCAGAAUGAAAUUAGCAGCAGCAGCAGCAGCACAUAUCUUCCCCCAAUUCCACCCUCCAUUCUCACACCCCCACCACCCAAAUCCUCCCCCGCCACUCCUCUCCGCCGCCACCACCACCACCACCCAUUUCGCCCCUCCGUUCAAACUCCGCCGCAGCAAAGACCUACUAUUCCCGCUCAAAUCUCACCAAUCCCAGUCACCCAAUCCCCAAACCGCCGCCACCCGGCACGAUGACGGCGGCGACCCCGGAAUCCCAUUCGAGCACGUCAAAAUUCUGGCGAAAUUCAAAUCCCGGCACAACUACAUCCGAGUGAUCCAAGUAUCCAGGGCGGCGGACCACCCACUCGCCGGAUCCAGGCUCCUCCUCCUCGACGCCCCCGGCAACAUCCACAGCAUCUCCUUCCUCUUCAAAACCCUCACCAACGCCUACUACGACGUCUUCGCCACCCUGCCCCCGAUCCUCCCGCCCGGACCCGUCGGAAUACUCGGGUUCGGAGCCGGAUCCGCCGCCAAAAUCAUCCUCGAACUCCACCCUCAAACCGCCGUCCACGGCUGGGAGCUCGACCCCUCCGUCGUCGCCGUCGCCCGAGAGUACUUCGGCCUCGAAAAGCUCGAAAGCAAACACCCCGACCGCCUCUUCGUCCACACGGGAAACGCGCUGAACGCGACCGUGAAAGACGGGUUCGCCGGGAUCCUAGUCGAUCUGUUCAGCAAGGGCUGCGUGAUUCCCGAGCUCCAAGACGCGGCGACGUGGGAGAGGCUGAAACGGAGCUUGAAGAAGGGCGGGAGAAUGAUGGUGAACGUCGGCGGGAGCUGCGUUGAGCCGGAGGAUAUAAGGAAAGACGGGAAUUUGAUAAUGGAGGACACUCUGAAGGCGAUGAACAGGGUUUUUCCGGCGGGGCAGCUCUCUGUGCUGAGCCUUGAUAGUCGGAAGGACGACAGCGCAGUUGCUCUGACCGGUGAAUUUCCAGACGCCGGUGAGUGGAAGAAGGCGCUGAAAAAGCCUCUUAGAUUCUACGUUGAUAUGUGGCAGCCUUACACAAGUAAAACGGACCACAGUCAUCGUUCUAAUUGAGCUUGUUUUUUUCGUGGCGUUGCCAUGCUUGUCAAGUGUUUGAUGAUAUGCUCCAAUGAAAACUCAUCAUUUACCACUCCAAAAUGUGUAAAAUCGUAAUAUUACAGAAAAUAUUUCUUAAUUAUUUUAGUUAAAUAAUUUC